AUGACAAGAGGCAAUCGUACCACAGUGACAGAAUUUGUCCUCAUGGGAUUCACAGACAGACCUGAGCUUCAGCUCCCACUCUUUAUGGUGUUUCUGCUCAUUUAUCUCAUCACCCUAGUGGGAAACCUUGGCAUGAUCCUGCUCAUCAAGGCCGAUUCGCGGCUCCACACACCCAUGUACUAUUUCCUCAGUCACCUGGCAUUCAUUGAUCUUUGUUACUCAUCUUCUAUUGGGCCCAAGAUGCUGCAAAAUUUACUGGUGAAGAAAAAAACUAUUUCAUUCUCAGGCUGUUUUGCUCAGCUGUACUUCUCCAGUGCUUUUGCCACUACUGAAUGCUUCCUGUUGGCCACCAUGGCCUAUGACCGCUACAUGGCGAUCUGCAGCCCCCUGCUUUACACAGCCAUUAUGACACAGCGGGUCUGCAAGGAAUUGGUGGUAGGAGUCUAUACCUACGGCUUCCUAAACUCUGUGAUACAGACAGUUCUGACUUUCCAGUUGUCUUUCUGUGACUCCAAUGUCAUCCACCACUUCUACUGUGCUGACCCCCCUCUCCUUGCCCUCUCCUGUUCUGAUACCCACAACAAAGAAAAGCAUCUCUUUAUCUUCUCUGCAGUGAACCUCACUGGAUCCCUCCUGACUGUCCUCAUCUCCUACAUCUGCAUCCUCUUUUCCAUCUUAAAAGUCCAGUCCUCCGAGGGCAAAUGCAAAGCGUUUUCCACCUGUGCCUCCCACCUCACUGUGGUCACCAUCUUCUAUGGAACACUGUUUUUCAUGUACCUGCGGCAACCUACAACCGGGAAUUCAUGGAGGCAAAACAAAGUGGUCUCUGUGUUUUAUAGUCUGGUGAUUCCCAUGCUUAACCCUCUGAUCUACAGCCUGCGGAAUACAGAAGUAAAGGAUAGCCUGAAAAAAAUGCUGGAGGGUAAAGAGUCAUAG